GAUGGCGAAGGCAUAUCCCGCCCUACUCGCUGCCUGUUCUUGUUUGGGUUGGUUCUAAACGGUCUCUGGUUAGGUAUAGACAGGAGGAGUUGGUCAUGGUAACAACGUCAGGUUAGCGUUAAGCCAAUCAAUGGCAGAGUAAGAUAGAGUAGGGCGGGGCAUGCCUGCUCCAUCCUAGGAAAUAAAAUACUCUCGCAUACCGUUCUUGUUUUCACCGUUUUGACAGCUCGAACUAAACGUUCAAUUAAAUCUGCCUGCUUGUAUAUGUUUUGUCUUUUCUACCAUACUUUUGGAGCAGUUUCCGACUUGAAUAAUCGACCCGACUAGCUGUAACACUAACAUCACGGUCUGUGAAACCGUCAAGGAAGUAAAAAUGAGUCGCGGUCGGAACCCUCCUCCCCGGGGUCAAGGGGCAGCGCGAGCCAAACAGAUGGGGCUGCUUCUUGACCUGGCCCCGGACGGAGGGAUGGAUGAUGAGGGAAAUGAUGAAGACCUGGAGGCAGAGCUGCUGAAUCUGGUGGGAAGAGGUGGAGGAAGAUCACAAGGAAAGAAAGCUCCUGUUCCCAUGGCUGACAUAGAGCAAAUGGCAGCUCUUUGUAUGAAAGACCUGGAUGAUGAGGAAAUGGGAGAUGAAGAUUUGGAAGAUGAUGAAGAUCUGCUGGCAGAACUGAAUGAGGUUUUAGAGGAUAAUGAGGAACAAACUCUUCCUGCUGUCACGCCGACUGGUCCUAAAGUGAACGUCACAUCCCACUCUGCUCCUUCUGCUGCUGCCAGUGGUGCAACUGGGUUGGAGUCUCGCCUGUUGGAACGCAUUGAAAUGUAUAAGGGAGCCAUUUCCAAUGCCAAGGCUGCAGGGGAGACAAGUAAAGUUCGAAGAUACGACCGUGGGUUAAAGACUCUGCAGACAAUGUUGACAUCUGUCAGGAAAGGAAAAGCGGUCAAUGAGGAGGAGAUCCCGCCUCCAGUUGCGCUCGGUGGAAAUCCCAACAUCAAGGAAUCGAUUAAGGAACGAGAACUGCCAGAGCCCACGCUGAUGCCCUCUCCGCCCACAAACCAGAAACCUCUGAAGGAGGCUGCGCCAAAAGCUCCUAAUAUGAAGCCGCUCCAUCUGACCGUGCCCCAAAAGCCUGCUGUUGCAAUCACCCCGGAAACACCUGCCAUCUCUCCCCUCACCCCCAGCCAGCCUGACGCACAGCACUCCGAGCUGAAACAGGCUGUGUUGUCCAGACAAAGGGAGUAUAAGUUGGCGGCCAUAAAUGCCAAACAGAGUGGCAACAUAGACCAGGCAAAACAGCACUACUCUACUGCCAAGAAGCUGGACAUGCUGGUGGAGGCUGUGGACAGAGAUGAACCAGUAGACCUGAGCUCACUACCUCCUCCUCCUGGAGACGUAGUAGCAAAACACUGUGCACCUCCUCCUCCUCCUCAGUCUUCCUCUAAACCUGCUGCCCCCGCUGCACCUGCACCCACCCAGGUGGCCAGUGCCGAACUGCCUGCUCCCAGCAAUUUGGCAGAAGCCCUGCAGCAGAGAAUGGACAUAUACAAGUCAGCAGCAGAGGGAGCCAAGAGCAAAGGAGAUGAUCGUAAGGCUCGCAUGCACCAGCGCAUUAUCAAGCAAUACCAGGAUGCCAUCAGAGCUCACAAAGCUGGGCGACCUGUCACUUUAUCGGAUCUACCUGUACCACCAGGCUGCCCACCACUUCAGGGCUCAGAGGGGGGUCAACAGAACUUCAUGGGUGUCCUGGAAACGGCUAUGAAAAUAGCUAAUCAGGAUGCAGACGCAGGAGAGGAAGAAGAGGAUGGACAAAGAGAGGCUGCCAAGCCCGCAGUGCGUCCACCUACCCAAAAGGCUAAGUCUCCAGCUCCUCAGGCCCCGGGGGGCUCCUCAGUUCCAAAACUAGGAACUAAAGCCCAGCAGCAAGUGGAUUUACUGUUGCUAAGGCGACAGGCUUUUUUGCGUGCAGCGCUGCGCUCCAAACAGAUGAAGGACAUGACUGGAGCAGCACAGCAUCUCAGACAUGCCAAGGGACUGGACCCCAUGAUCACUGCUGCCAAGUCCGGCCUACCUGUCGAUAUCACCAAGAUUCCCAGUGCUCCAGUAAGUGAGGAGGACUACUCCCUUGCUCGCUCCCGCACCUCCCCUCUCUCCCAACGCUCCAGUGAACAGUACCACGGCCUCAUGGAUCUUUUCCGGAAGCAGCAUGAGAAAUGUUUGGGAUACUCUCAACAGCUCACACUUGUGGGCAAUGUGUCUGAGGCUCUGAAGUUUGAGAGGCUAGUUGAGGAGUGUAUGAAGAACAUAGAGAUUCUGAAGAAUGCACACGCCAAGGGCCAGCCGGUCCCCAAGUGCCGCACAGAGGAGAGGACCUUCAACAUUAUCAAGACCAACUCCAACCUGACACCUAAUGACCUGAUACUGUACAUAAUCAAAGGCAUCAACCUACCGGCUCCCUCAGGUGUCUCACCCAACGAUCUGGAUGCCAGUGUGAAGUUUGAGUUUCCUUUUCCCAGCGCGGAGGAGGCUCAAAGGGACAAAACAAACACAGUAAAGAGCACCAACAGCCCAGAGUUUAAAGAGAAUUUCAAACUCAACAUCAACCGCACCCACAGAGGCUUUAAACGAGUCAUCCAGUCCAAAGGCGUCAAGUUUGAAAUUGUCCACAAGGGAGGCCUGUUUAAGACAGACAAAGUUGUGGGCACUGCUCAGCUGAAGCUCGAGGCUCUAGAAAACCAUUGUGACAUUAGAGAGAUAAUUGAGGUGAUGGAUGGACGUAAACCUUCAGGUGGCAAGUUGGAGGUGAGGGUGAAGAUCAGAGAGCCUUUAUCAGGAGUUGAUCUCCAGCCGGUGACGGAGAAGUGGCUGGUUCUCGAUCCUGUAACCCCCCUUUCUCCUCCAGAGAGACAAAAGGAAAGGGCUCCAUCUCCUCGGUCUAAACCCAGACAUGAAUCGAGCAGCAGGAGCAGUCAUCCCAACACCACUCCUCCCCAGUACAAACUCCACAGCUUCAGCCUCCUCAACUAUGACAGGGAGCGGCUGGAGAGAAAGAUUGCGGAGUACCGAAAGGCACGACGGGAUCCCCCAUCUGACCUCGUCCAUCAACACAAAGAGGUCACACACAGACUGCAGUGGCAGAAGGCACAGCUGGAGCGGGCCUCUUCUGCUCUACUGACAGAGUAUGAAAAUGUGCUGCAGCGCUCAGUCCAAGGGUAUGCUGACUCUGUGAAGAAGUACUCCAGCCAAGGCAACAGGGACGCUGCCAAGGAUUCACUUGGCAAGUUGAAGAUGGUAGAGAAUGAGCUGGAAUCGCUUCGAAGGAAACGCACAGGUUGAGAGUAAGGGAGUGGAGACUUGGCUGGAGUACUGUUAUAUCAUCUCUCUCUUUCACUCUCUUUCUCAUACACACUCAUAAAAAAACACUACAGGGGGUACUUUAAGCACCUUUAGCAUGAUUCUAUGCUGCCCAUGUCCAUGACAACUGCAUGAACCAACCGGACAGUUCAGUCAAUUGAUCAUAUAACUUGUGUCACUAGUGGUUAGUUGCCUGCCACAGUAAUUAAAAAGAAAUCUACAAGAAACUACAAAGGGACACAGAAAUCAAAGCAAGCAUUGAAAUGUUUAAGGGAGAAACAGGCUUAUUUGCACUUAAACACUAGAGAAAGCUGCUUUUAAUGCACAUCGUUACAAACCUUACCUGUUCUGUUCAUUGAUGUUUUUUUCAGUCCCAUUUUUUCCUUUGAGAAUUGUUGGUGAAAGAUCCAUCAGAAGAUUUAUAAGUUUUACAUUUGGCCCCAGCUCAGUGAGUCUGUCAAUGUCCACAGAUGACCAAAAAAUGUGCGUGUGCGUGUGUUCUGAAGUGUGUUUAACCAAUCGACUAAGGUGUUUUUAACCCCUUUUCCCAUAUUUUAUGUGUGUAAUGAGCUUAAUCUAAUCUGUCUGCUCCAGUGUUCCCAGAUUACAGUAAUCUGCUCCGUUUGGAGUGGUGUGAUAUGGGAAUAAAAAAAACGGGGCUUCGGGGCGCCGCAGCCUACAUCCCAUAACGAGGGAUUAGUGUUUGUGUCACCAAGGAGACGACUAGAUCAGACGUAGAGUCGCCUUUGGGGCUGGAAAGAGGGGGUGUUAGCAGCGUGCCAUGAAUGUGGUAGAAGCUUAGCUCUGCAAAAGGAUUGCUUCUUCUUCAUCAUCAGCUGUUUCUUUGUUGUUGUAUUCUUCAUCUUCACUUUCUUCACACUAAUUCGGUAUAUUCAAAGAUUAUUCAGAGUCAUGAGUAAUAGGCCGCUCCAUUUGGAUUUUCUUUAAACUCUUCAAUAAUAUUAAGCCCAUUAUGUUGUCGAUUAGAAAAUAAUUAACAGCUGCUGACUCAGCUUGCUGCUUUUUUCCAUAGAUUUUGGCAUAUGCAGUUUACAAAACCAUAUUCUUACCCACUGAGAUCUCCAGUGGCAGCACAGUGGAUGCUGAAUAUUCUGCCCACAGGAAGACAACUCAAUAUGUGUCAGUGAUGCUGGGUAAUUGCUCAUUUCUAUUUCUGUUGCCCCGUAGACAACUCUGUCAUAGAGACCCUUGUCAUUCCUCUCUACUUUACACCUAUUGUGGCUGUGAAGUCAAGGGAACAAAUAUCAGACAAAUCCUGUAAAACUUUAAAAAGAUGUGUGACAAAUACAGAUGCCUUUAAAUUAAUCGUUUGCCACAACAACACUAGAUGUCCAAAAACAGGAAUGUGACAAAUAUGUCUGUUUAGAGGACAGAUGUUUCUUCUGUGUGUUGGACAACCUGCUAACCUGACAGCAGAUUCUGUGGACCCACGUUGACGGCAUGCAGCCGGGAUGUAGCAAACUAGUUCAAAUGAACCUUACUUUAUAUUUUCAUUUGACUCUUCAAUGUGGAUGAUGUCUGUUAACUCCACUGAUUUUUUUUUUUUUGGUCACGUGAAACAGCACAUAAUCAUGUUUGCCCUAAUCCACUCACUGCUUCACCCCAUUAGCAAAUAAUCCUAGUUAAAAUUGACCUGAUAUGGCCCUCCAUAUAACACGCCUUCCCCCAAUUUUUUUUUUUAAUCUAUCAGGAGAGGAUAUCUGUUGACUCUUUGUAAAUGGUAUGUUAUGGUGCUUUUGAUCAGCUGAUAUUCUUUUAGAUGGACAGAUGAUUGCUUAUAGUGGCAUGAUAACUUUUAGUUAAUUAUGAGGUGGCUCUGGAAGGACUACUGUUUGCCAAUGUGUGUUUGCAACUUUUAGCUCCUUAAUUACAAGGCUUGUAAAACAUUUUUUUGCUUUUUUUGCUGUACACAUUUUUGCUGACAAUUUUUCAAUGUAUGCAGCACAGUUUCAGAUUUAUGUAUUUUAUUUGUUAUUUAUUUGAAAAACUGCAUUAACGACGAAGAUUAAGCUGCUGUCACUUUGACAAAAAUGAAUGCAGUCUCAAUGAUUUACACAUUGGUUUAAAUGGUUUUCAUACUGCAUGGAAAUUAAUUUAAAAAAAUCAAUGGCUGCCUGAAUUUGUUAAAGAAAAAAUAGGAUUACAGACUAAUUAUUUGGUCUACAAUGCCAAAAAAAACAAGUCUUCAAUUUUCUUGUUUUGUUAUAGACGACAUUCAAACCCAGAGAUAUUAAGCAUACUAUAAUAUAAGAUGAAGAAAAACUACAAAUUCUCAGAAUUUAGAAAUUGGAUAUAGGGAAGGUUGUGUUUUGGCUUGAAAAGGGAUUUAAACAAUUCAAUUAUUAAAUCAAUCUUAAAAAAAAAUCUUUUUUUUAGGACAAGCUGUGAUAUAAACUAGUUUGUAGUUAAUGGGCUAAAACAUGCAAACCACCACUUUGGUUCUUUAACAGAAAAUGUGUUUUUCUGAUUUAAAAAGUCAAGUAGUAAAAUGGUGAAUAAGAAGAUGUAGCUCUGAGGGGGGGGGUUGCGUAGCAGCACUCGCGUGGUUGAACGUUGUUAAACGCACACAGAAGUGCAGCUGACCGUCACGCCGUUCUCUAACUCCAAAACCUUUAACCCUUUGUCACCUCAGACACACACAUCACCCCACUGCUCUAGUAACCUCACAGCCUCUGAGGCUGUCAUGUUGUCAUAGCAACGAGCUCAUCAGCAUUCAGUGUGGUAGUUGGAUGGUCAGGACCCAGGGAGAGGGACAUAUUGUCAAAGUUUGUCCUGCUGGUGACUCACACUCCUUUCUCACAUUUACAAGACACCACACACACACUCGUCACUCUUUCUAAUUGUAUUGGUUGUUUGGCUCUCCUCUCUGUUUGAUCCUACUCUGUAAUCUGGCUGCACUCCAUUUAAAAAGGAGAAAGUUUAGUGAAUUGUUUGUCAUUAUUGGUAAUAUUUCUGUCCUGAUCUGCUGCAGUAAAUGUAUUCUUCUGGUCUUGGGAACAUACUAUUCUUAAACCUAUGACAUUUUUUAAUCCAUUAAAUCAUGUAAGGGCAAUCAACAUAAAUGUAAUAUUUGUAUACAGUAAAUAUACAGCAUUAUAUACUCCGUCUCUAUUUUUAUGUGUAAGUCAUGAUUUGUGCAGCUCAGACGGGGAAUGUAUGAAGGACUGAUUGUUAAGGCUUUAUUAUGUAUGAGGUUGGUGUGAACAUGAAUAAAAUGGUGGAACAGCA